CUUUGACAGCGCAACAUUUUCGUCCGCGGCGCGCGAGUGUUUUUGCUUCUCGGCCGGAGAGUGGAUAAAAUUGGCCAUUUUUCGCGUGGAACCGGUUCUCGCGACGGGCCGGAACUGCUUUCGGCGGGUGCACCGACCAGUGCGGCAUCGAUUACGGCCGGAGACGGUGCCGGAAGGGGCGCAAAAAGAGGCGAAAUUUGAAGAGAGUUCUGGCAAUCCUGCCAUCGUACUACCGACCGAACCUCGACCUGAGGACUGGCGCCAGAGGUUGAGCAUCGUCGUCGUCGUCGUCUUCGUUGCUUGCGGUCCUGUUUGUGUGUGUCUGUUCGUGUGCGGCGCGGGUGAAUUCCUUCCCUUGAAUCAUCGACGGAAAAAGAUUUUGUGUUUGUUUGUUUGCGCUACCAACGCGUACGCGGCGGCGACCACGACCAGCAGUGAGUUGUGUGUUCCGAGCAGUGACCAACAACAAUGACCAGCCGGAUGGACAACCUGGACCUGCUGUCGGACGACGAGCUGCGGCUGCGGCUGAUGCAGUACGGCUUCCAGAACUUGCCCAUCACCAGCAACACCCGCAAGCUGUUGAUCAAGAAGCUGCGCAAUCACAUGGAGUCGGAAAAGGGCAAGCUGCGGCGGGAAACCAGCUACGCGACACGUCGAAGUCCCUACUCUCCAUCAACUACUCUUGGAAUCUGCCCCAACAAUCAUCCGGACCCGACGCUACAGCUAUCCGACGGCGAACUUCGCCAACGACUGGCUCGUUACGGGCUCUAUCCAAAUAUCCCCAUCACCGGGAGCACCCGCAAGUUACUGCUCAAGAAGCUACUGGCCCGCAUGAAGUCGGAGCUGCACCAAGAGACGAUCAGGGCCUCGCGAUACUCAUCCGGCGAAGAAUCCGACGGUGGCGCAGAACGACGCGGUUCCGGACGGCGGGCUACCACGUCUGCCACAGUGAACUCUAGAAUGACGAUGCCACCGCCACCGGCCAGACCGGUCGUCAGCAACAGCAGCAGCUCCAAGCGAACCUCAGCCAUAUCAAGCAGCAGCAGUCCAAUCAACAACAACAACAAUGUAAACAGCUACAGCAGCACCAACAACAACAACAACCACAACAAGUCGCUUUCGCCGGGCUCGAGCAGAAGUUCCGUGUACAUUUCGCCGGUCAUUAUCAACGACAGCGAGGAGGAGGAUUACCUGCGACCGACGGCCGGACGAGUGUUCGGCACGUCCACCCCGUCGUCAGCCAGCGCGCUGUUCCGCCGCACGACAGCCGGCGGCGCCUACUCGUCAACGCCCCAAGCCCGGAACACGGCAAACGCCGGCCACACGCCGCCCGCUUCAAGCAGCUUCGGCAACCACAAAUCGUACCUUCGACACAACAACGGAGCGGAAGCGCUCAACGAAUCGACCAACUCGAACGGCAGCGCCUCGUCCGAAACGAGCGCGUCGUCGUCGCCCUUUGUGAGCGAGUACACCAAGCGGUUGCUGCAGCUGCGCGGCGAGACCGUGUCCCACGAGAGCUACAACAGCGCCAUCAGCAGUGCCAUCGCGGCGGCCAGUUCCCCUGGAAGUUCCGGGGGCGGCAGCAAUCUCAACCUGAACCACAGCGGAGCGCCGAUCAGUGGGAAUCACUUUCGCAGUCGGUACAGCGUGUUUCCGAGGUAUGCGAGCGAUGGGGGUGGUUCCGGCGGUGGGGGAACCUCGAGUGGCAUCAACGAGAACGAUAUCGUGACGCAUGCCGUGCCGAGUCCGGAUCCGCCGCAGAUUCCGUUGCGAGCGGCGCUAGGGAAUUUGUUUGCCAAGCUGGACGAGCACUACGGCUUCAAGCAGACGUUCAUCCCGUGCGCGCUGCUGUGUCUGUUUGUCGCGUUUCUGGUGUUUGUGGCGUUCAUGUACAUGACGAUAAGUACGGACAUUGCGAGCACGCUCGGGACGAUUGACACCAAGUACGACCUUUGUGAAGGACCGGCCCAAGAUCGGGGUCGCUGCGUGGUUCAGUCGGACAUUGAACCCGCGCUGGAGCUGUUGAAACGGGUGGGAACUGAGUUGAAGGCACGGGUUGAGCACAGCAAGUGUGUCGACACUAGCGUGACCAGCUACUGGAUGAGUGCGGACGAAGUGAUUCGGCUGGCCAAGGAGCACGAGCCGAGCCUGCUAGUUCCGCAGGCGGUGAAGCACCUGCACACGAUGGAGUAUCUGAUUGGACAAAAUCCUCAGUGGAGGAUUAAUCACUGCGACCAGGACGGGAACGAGAUUGGGUUCGACGAAGUGCUGAGAAGGCGGGCGGCCAAGACCAACUAUUUCGCGAUCUUGAAGCCUAAACUCCCUUUCACCUGCAUGCUCUACAACAAGUUCCACACCUUCUUCGUGAUUGUUGGCGUGCUUGGGCUGGUCGGGAUCAUCGCGUACCUGGUCAACUACUUCCUCAAGUUUGUGCUGUACGUGAAGCAGAAGCGAAAGGAUCAGGUGAACGCGUUGAUCAGUGAAAUCAUUCAAGCGGUCAGCCAAGCUGCGGCCUCCGCCGGCGGAAGUGAAUCAUCCGACGAGGGCGGUCUCGUAGUCGUGAACCAUCUCCGGGAUCGUCUGAUCGCCCCGGACAACCGCAAAAAGAUGGAAUGGGCCUGGCUGGAGGCGUUGCAAUUCCUCGAACAGCACGAGAGCCGAAUCCAGUUCGAAGUCGGCAAUCGCGGCGGCGAAGACUUCAAGAUGAUGCGCUGGACCGACUCGGCCCCCCUCCCGACCUCCACGCGGUCCGUCCCCGGCGGUGCCAAAAAGUGGCAAAGUCCUGCCUUUGACAAUACCAACAAAAUCCCCGACCCACCAACGCCCUGCCUCAAGAUCCGCCAGAUGUUCGACAAGUACGAGGUGAACGACCCGAACCUCCGCACCAUCGUCCAGGACGCCAUCCUGGAGAAGGUCGGCGCGCGGUGCAAAAUCUACGACAUCCAGCUGGACCGGAGCACGUGCUGCGUGUACGUGCGCUGCGCCACCUCCCAGGACGCCGGAAUCGUCCACGACGAAAUCAACGGCUGGUGGUUCGACAACCGGCUCGUCUCGAUCAAAUUCCUCCGGCUGGAGCGCUACCUGUCGCGGUUCCCGCGCGCCCUCGCCGGGCCCGCCUGUCUCAAGCCGUCGAAUCGUCACAACAGCUCAAUGCCGGCGGCAGGACCCGGAGCCAAUCCGCUGGAACGGGAAGACGACGAGGACGUCGAGGCCGAAGAGGACGAGCUGGACCAGGAGCUGGAGUGCUAAUCUUUCGUGUUUAGUUUUGCGCGUGUGUGUAUUUUAUUGAUUUGAAAUGUUUAUUUUUUUUAUACUUUCCCUAGACCUAAAUAUUAAUUGCAUUAAAUUAACGCCCGGCUGCUUAUUUCGUUGCGUUUGUAAGUUAGAGCAAACUUCGUUCAGUAAACGAGAGCGUUUUUAUUAAAAUUAUUAACCUUAAGAGAUUGACGUUAACGUUACAAAUCAGAGAUAAUAAAAAAGCAUAACUUUGUUGGUUAAAAAUUGCACUGUUGAAAUGUAUUUUUUAGAAACACUCCCCAUCGUAAAAUAUAGGGAGCAAAAUAACAAUAUCGCAAAAUCGUAUCAUUUUUCGUCGAGUGCAAGAGUCUGUAACGCUGUACUUUGAGAAAAAAAUAUGAGAAAAGAGACAGAAUUAAACCUGCGGAAAAGAGUAAUAGUAUCAAUAACAUUUAGCUGAUCACAACAACAACAAAACGGCAGAUGUCUAGCAACUAAAACAAAAUCUGAAACUUAUUUAGUGUAAGGUAAAAAAAAACGUUGUAAAAUAAACAAAUUUGAAACGAGACAGAAAUAAAUGGUAAAUUUUUAAUAAUAAA